CGGCCUCGCUGCCAUGGCGGCGUGCGUGUCCGCUUGGUUUUGGACAUCUUUGCAACAACAGGCAAUCACGAUGGAUCAAUUGACGUCGCCUCAAGCCGUGUUCUUGGACCCGCGUUCGUUCGCAGUCAUGGGGAGUGGUGCCGACUUUCGAGGAGAGGCCUUCAAGGCACACUUCAAUCCAACGAACUUGACGCCUCCCUUGAUUCAGAUCUUCCACCCAGACUUUUUGUCGAUUCUCGGCACAUCUCCGUCGCUUCGUACAAUUGCUUCAAUCCCGGGAAUACCCUUUGCGCAUGAGGCACCCAUCUGGCAUCCCGAGAGGGACGAAGUGUUCUUCUCCAGCCAUUGCGGGGCCGAUCUCGGCUGGGAGCCGUGCGACAGGAAUAACCACAUCUCGAAGAUUGAGAUGAAGGAUGUGGAUGCGGCGCUGCAAGCAUCGUCAAGCAUGACUUCCCCGGUCAACGUAACCGUUACAAAGCUGGAUAUCCCAGACAGCCGUCAGAUGACAUGGGGCGGCACCGGUCCUUACAACAGUUCUUUACUUCUCAUCAACUCUGGCAGGGAUAAACUGCCGUCCUCUCUGGCGCUAGUCAAUCCCGCUCCACCGUACAAUGUUACUAUACUGUUGGACAACUACUACGGGCGUCAGUUCAACUCCUUGAAUGAUGGUAAGAUCCAUCCCAAAAGCCACGCAAUAUUCUUCACAGACGUUACUUACGGCUUCCUCAAGCACUUCAGGCCCACACCACAACUCCCGAACCAGAUUUACCGCUUCGACACUGAUACUGGCGAUCUUCGCGUCGUAGCGGAUGGUCUUUUAAAACCAAACGGUCUUGCGUUCUCGGGAGAUGGCAGCAUUGCCUAUGUGGCAGACACGGGCGCAGCGCAAGGCUUCCUGGGUAGGAAUCAGACAGGCCCCGCCACGAUUUAUGCUUUUGAUGUCGAUUCAGUCAGCCAGACGUUCUUGAAUCGCCGCGUGUUCGCGUACAUUGAUGCCGGCGUGCCGGACGGGAUUCAAGUCGACACGAAGGGUAACGUCUACUCCGGAUGCGGGGACGGCGUUCAUGUAUGGAACCGAAACGGUGUCUUGCUUGGGAAAUUCUUUAUAGGCAGUGUGGCUUGUAACAUGGUCUUUGCAGGCGCGGGGAAGCUGGUGAUACUGGCUCAGACUGCUGUCUAUGUGGCGCGUAUAGCCUCCGAGGGCAUAAAACUAGCAUUUCCGUGACACUAAAAGCACAGGCGUAGUACGUAUCUAGUAGUGUUACCUUCAUCGAGGCUGUAUCUUUCCAUUGA